AUGGCAGAGAGGAAAGCUCCUAUUAAAAAUUCCAUUGUGAGAGAUGCUGAACGAUUUCAUUACACGAUAGAAUUGUUGAAGAGAGAAAAUUUCGACCUCUGUAGCCUCAAUGAAGUAACUCCAGAAUUUCUAUUCAUGCUUCAACGGGAUUUAUUCUUUAGAGAAUUUUACUUUUUUAGUGACCUAGUGAUCGAAGAGGGUGAAGAGAGUGUUUCUUUGAAAACACGAAAUGCAACCCUUGGUAAAGACAAUCAAGGAAAUUUAAUAUUGAGCAAGUAUCUUCCAUUGGAGAUGUUCAAGUUGGACAAUUCUGUUGUGAAAAAUCCUGUUCUUUAUUGUACACUUUCUCACUCAUGUUUCAACAACAAACAAGAGAAGCACCAUCAAGAAGAAACUCUUUGUGUGAUUAGUGCACACACAAGUGCUUACAACCACAAUGCCAACAAAAGAGAAAUUCAACUCUUACAUAUCACUCAACAAGAUUAUUUGAAAGACAUGAAUGAAGUCAUCUUGAUGGGAGAUUUAAAUAUUCAUUUGGAAUCUGAAGAAAACACCAUUGAGAAGAUUCAAUACGUUGAUUUAUGGAAAGAAACACACUUGGAAGACUCAGAUCCAGUAUUCACAUUUGAUUCCUAUCUGAAUACUUUCAUUCGAUGUAAAUAUUUGGGAAUGGAAAUUCGUCGCAUGCGAUUGGUUCGAAUUCUCAUUCGAAAAAGUCCUCAACGAAGAGUUGCCACUCAAGAAAAGAUGCAACUUUCUGCCAACACUCCCCUCUGUGAAUGGACAACCCGUUCAACCACCGAGAGGAAGAAGGAAGAGAUUUCUCAAGAAAGUUCAUCUCCUCCUUCUUUAUUAUUGACCCCUCUUGAAACGCCAUGGUGGUGGAAAACCUUUCACUAUUUCAAAUUAGCUGAACAGAAAGAUUAUCUCUUUUGUUCGGAUCAUUUUGGCUUGAAAAUGUACGUGCUGAAAUUUGAGAGUCCUCAACAAAUGGAACAGCAUGUGAAAGAGGUGGUCCAUCAUGUGAAAUGUGGUGUUCAAAAAGAGGAUGAAAAAGAAGGACGACAACUAGCUGCAUAUACCAAAGCAUUGACAGGACCUUUCUCGAAUCAUAGAAGAGUGUUUUUCAUGACCUUGUUGAAAUUGAUGAUGAUGAUUGUGACUUGCCUCCUGCCGAUCAAUAACUGCUUUCGAAUUUAA